CAUGCAAACGAUUUCCCUUGCGCCUUCUCCUUUGCUUCAACAUUCUCUAUUUUUUUCUGUCUCACUUUCUCUGUCUAUUCUCCCUGAAAACACACACACACACACACUACGUAUAUAUACACAAAUACAUGGCAGAAUUGGAGUUUCAGAGUAAACAUGGUACUUAUAAUCCUACGAAUAAUGGACGUUUAAAGUUAUUUGGUUUCAACAUGAGUACAGAGGAAGAUCAAGAACAAGAAGUUGACUCUACAAAAACAUCAUCAGCCUCGCCGGAAUCUGGCAGUUUCCCGGCUUCCGACGGCCGGAAAUACGAGUGUCAAUACUGCAGUAGAGAAUUUGCAAACUCACAAGCUUUAGGUGGCCAUCAAAAUGCACACAAAAAAGAAAGGCAACAAUUGAAACGUGCCCAAAUUCAAGCUAGUCGUAACGCUUACAUGCGAAACCCUAUCAUCUCCGCCUUCGCUUCGCCAUCUCACCUCCUUACUCCGCCCGGUACCAUGGUGGUUCCGGCGUCAUCUCCGUCGUGGGUGUACGUACCACGUGCCGCGCCUCCCUUUCAUGGCUGUGUUUUUCCAACGUCCAAUAGUGUAAGAGGUGUAGGGAACUUUCAGUACACUGGCGGUGUAGUGGAGUCCAGCUUAGCAAGUGUUGGGCCUCAACAUGUUAAGGCCCAUAGUGGUAGAGUUGAUGUAAAUAAUGGGCCAUCAUUGAGUAAGUUGUCGAGAGUGGAUAUUGGGCCCAAUUUUGAUGACCCAUUUGGAUUGGAUUUGCAAUUAAGUCUGUAAAUUUCAUCAAAAUUUAUCCCGAAAAUUCCGAAUCUUGUACAUUUUCACAUUAUUUAUUUAUUUUUUCACUCAAAGGAAGAAAAAAAAGAAGAAAGAAGAAUCAA